AUGGAAUUGUUGCUACCUACCAGCAGCAAUAACCAUUACUCUUGGCCCAAUCAUGCCAAGGAAUCCAUCUACAUCUUACCUCAUCCCAGCAUAUCAUCCUUUACCACUAAGGACCCCAAAACUUGGUUCUUACCUGGAGAGUUAAAUUAUGAUGAUGAUGAUGCAGGUGAUGAUGAUGACAUGAAGAUAGACAACACCAAUGCGGAUAGUCCAUUUCAGGCCGAAGACCAUUAUGACCUCCCAAUCCGACAACUGCCACCACCCUCUUAUGAUCAGCCUUCGGGAGCACACUUUGAGCCACAACAAGAGUACCAGUCCUAUCAACAACUCAACGAGCCGGGACCCGAGUUUCCUCUUGAUAUAUAUAGUCAGCUUGCUGCCUUGCGUUGUCAGGGCAACCGGAAUGAAGCAGCCAUUCGGCGCAUCGAGGAGAAGCAAGCUCGCGCCAACAACUACAUGGAGGAUCUUUGA